CACUCUGGGAGGAGCCUGAUGGGGGGCAGUGGGAGGAGCUUGUUCUAGAUUAUUCUCAUUUUUGCUUCCAUGACUUUGGUCUUGAUACAGAAAUGGAGAUUUGAAUCUCAGGUUAAAUCACAGCAUAUCCUUCACGUCUUAUAGAGCGCCAUGGUUGCACUAAUUCAGGGGGUCUCAAGCUGACUGUUGUUUCUUGCAUAGCUGUAAAAAUUGAAAUGUCUGUCAUUAGUUAGCCAGUCCAGCACCUGCUCACUUAGUGCUCCUUUACAUGGUGACCAAAGCACAUCGUCACAUGUGUUAUACAAGCGCAAUUGACCUGCUUGUAGCUGCUUUCUGCAAUCCAGUUAAGUACUCUUGAUGACAGCAGUGCAGAGUUGGCUAGCUGCCAUACUUUACAGUAGUGUCACUGCUGACAUGAUAUUAUAAGUUGUGUGGUUCUUGUGUGGUUGAUGCUAAUCUUUUACGUAACAUCAUGCUAGAGCUAAACGCAUCAGAGCAUUCAGCCAAUGUUUGCUCCCUGUCAUCAUAACAUCUAAGUCACAUUUGUACGCACAAUGUAUUUAUUGUGAUUAUACUUUUUAUGUUAUUAUUCAUAGAGUAAUGGCCCAUAGGCUGGCCUCCUACAAAAAUGGUCUAAUUGGACUGUGCUGACAUGGUCAGGCAGCUGUUUGUCUCUUUGUUUGUCUCUAAACCAAGUCGUAAUCAGAUGACAGACUAGGGGAGAACUUCCAAAAUAUGGAGUCAAUAAUGUGUUUGGUAUCACAUCUGCUAAUGCUAGCACUGCUUAACCAGCAAGAUUCCUUGUGAUAUUAAAUGGAAUGCUAAUUUUGCCUGAUAAAAAAAAUAGGCUUUAUCAAGUACUUACUGAAGAAAAGGAAGAGCCAAUACUUUAAAGCAGGGGUAAGCAAUGGAUUUUUCCAAGGGGCCACAUGAGGAACUGGGACUGUUGUUGGGGGCCGCACCACUAAGGUGAACUGAAUUCUGGUCAGUUCCUAAUUUUAUCCCUAUAUAAGCUUAUCAACUGCCCUUUAGUAUUCACUUUAAAGCAUGUAAUUUAAACAUGUGAGCUGUACUGAACUUUAUGAUUAUGAGCUUUUAUUUAGCUCUUAGCAACUUUAUGCUGCAUAGCCUCAAAGAGUUCUUAGUAAGUAUAGCAACAUAACUUGCCUUUUAUUUCCAAGAGAGCCUUGCUGUGAUGUGUUAAAGUAUUCUUUGUGAAAUGUUACUUAUUAUCCUCAAUAUAAAUCAGGACAGACAGGGUCAAACGGUUAUUAAGAUAAUAUUUCUGUUAAGAAACAGUCAUGCAGCCAGCAGCUUGUGCAGACGUACUUAGGCAAAAGGCAGAAACAAGAAAAACUGCAGUCCAAAAAAAUGUGCAUAAUCCUGUCAGCACCUCGAGUCUACUCAUUUAAUGAGAUGUAAGGUGGUGAGAGGCACAUUCAUUUUAGGGGGGGAAGCAAAAAAUUAAAGAGAAAAAGCUCCCGUUGGGCUGAGGAAGAAUCAAAGAGUUGGACGACCACUGAGGGAAUUCGUGCGAGCACAGUGUGCACAAACAGAGUUUCUGGCUUUGAGCAGAAUAAGUGUGAAUGGGAGCAAGAAGGAGGACAAGAAUGGGAAUGUAGGGUCAGGCCCUCUUUAGUAGCACUUAUGUAAGAUUACUUACAUAAUGACACAUUCAACUAGUGUGUGUGAGUGUGUGUGCCUUUGUCUAGACAAGAGGGUUAACUUGACUUUGGGUGGGGUCAGGGAUACAAGAGGAGGGGUACUCAAGCAGGCCUGGUAAAGGAGGAUCGUGGGAUUAUGUGUGUGUGUGUUUAUGUGUGUUAUCAAAAGAGGCGGGGGUGGUAGUAUGAGAAGGUAUUAAAGUCAGAGUACAGGGCGGGAACUAGCAGGCACUGAAUGCAUGUCCACAUCUUGUGGAGGGUCAGCAGUACCAGAAAAGACAAGACAGAAGACAUAUUGGCAGAGCUACUGGUGGUUUACUCGUGGUUAGCCUUAGCAUACUUGUGGCAACAGGGAGGAAGAGCUUGGCGAUGGUCACAGCAAUGGAGGAUUCCUGUCCCAAUGGGGCACAGGAAGAGGAGGAGGUGACACCCCUGGGACAGCAUGCCGUGGAGGGGCCCCCGGCUGUACGAUCCACCCAGGGAGCAGAAACAUCUGGAGCCAUGCAGCAGGUGUUGGAUAAUGUGGGUGAGCUGCCCACCUCUGCCGGAGCCAAAGACAUCGACCUGCUCUUCCUGCGCGGCAUCAUGGAAAGUCCCAUUGUACGCUCCUUGGCUAAGGCUCAAGAGCAGCUGGAGGAAGUGAAGCUGGAAGCGGUGCAGGACAAUAACGUCGAGCUGGUGACAGAGAUCCUGGGCGACAUCAACAACCUCAAGGUUAAAGACGACAGCGCGGCUGAGUUGUCUCGAAUCCUCCAGGAGCCGCACUUCCAGUCUCUUUUAGAGGCUCAUGACAUGGUAGCCUCAAAAUGCUACGAAGCCCCGCCUCCGACUGAGACAGCCAAUGACGCAGCGGUGAACAGCGCUCUUAUGCAGGCCGAUGCCGUGCGCAUGAUUGGCAUUCGAAAGAAGGCCGGGGAGCCACUGGGUGUGACAUUUCGUGUGGAGAAAGACGACUUAGUGAUCGCGAGAAUCCUUCACGGAGGCAUGAUUGACAGACAGGGUCUGCUCCACGUGGGCGACAUCAUUAAGGAAGUAAACGGGAAAGACGUUGGCAAUAAUCCCACUGAGCUCCAGGAGAUGCUCAAAGACUGCAGCGGAGGGAUCACCUUGAAAAUACUCCCGAGCUACAGAGACGCUCCUGCUCCUCCACAGGUGUAUGUCCGGCCAUACUUUGACUAUGAUCCCGCCAAUGACAGCUUGAUCCCCUGUCGGGAGGCAGGUAUGGCCUUCAAGAAAGGUGAUAUUCUUCAGAUUGUAAACAGAGAAGAUCCCAACUGGUGGCAGGCAUGUCACGUAGUGGGUGGUGCCACGGGUCUGAUCCCCAGUCAGUUCUUGGAGGAGAAGAGGAAAGCUUUUGUUCCCAGAGACUUGGAUGGAUCAGGAAUUCUUUGUGGCACCUUGGCUGGAAAAAAGAAGAAGAAGAUGAUGUAUCUAACAGCCAAGAACGCAGAGUUCGAUAGACACGAACUGCAGAUCUAUGAGGAAGUGGCAAAGGUUCCUGCUUUCCAGAGGAAGACGCUGGUUCUGAUAGGUGCCCAAGGAGUGGGCCGACGCAGCCUCAAGAACCGAUUGAUGGUCCUCCAUCCCACGCGUUUUGGCACCACUGUACCAUACACCUCACGGAGACCCCGUGAUGAGGAGCUAGGCGGCAACUCCUACCACUUUACCUCAAGGACAGAGAUGGAGGCUGAUGUGAAGGCCGGCCGCUUCCUGGAGCACGGCGAGUACGACGGCAACCUGUACGGCACAAAGAUUGAUAGCAUUCACGAGGUGGUCGCAAUGGGACGCACCUGCAUCCUGGAUGUCAACCCGCAGGCUCUGAAGGUACUGAAAACAGCAGAGUUCAUGCCUUAUGUGGUGUUCAUUGGAGCACCAGAUUUUGAUACUCUUAAGGCCAUGCACAAAGCUGUGGUGGAUGCAGGCCUCACAACUAAGCAGCUCACGGAUGUGGAUCUGAGGAAAACUGUGGAUGAGAGCGCCCGCAUCCAGAGGGCUUACUGCCACUACUUUGACCUGACCAUCAUUAACGACAACCUGGAUAAGGCCUUUGAGACGUUACAGGCAGCCGUGGACAAACUGUGCAGUGAACCCCAGUGGGUCCCAGUGAACUGGGUAUACUGAGGACUAGCACCACUCGUUACACUGUCCAGUCUACGUGGGCCUCAGUGACCCACCAACAUGUAUGCGUGUAUGUGUGCGUGUGCUUGUGAUCACAAAGGCCAAAGAAGACGAAGGGCAGAGGUACUACUGCAAGUAAUCAAUGAAAUCUCAUCGCUCUUUCUCCUCUCGGGCCUGCAACUUUUUUUCUACUCGAAACUCAAAGGGAAAGAGUGCUUAUUUAUUUUAUAACUUUUUAUGAAAGAUCUUUCUAUUCAGUGUGGGAUUACGGUGAGAAUGAAACAAACCAACCAUGAGAAAAAAGAAAAAAAGUCGUGUCACGUGCUCGGGCCAUACUUUUUUGCAUUAAUUUAUUGUUGUAGUGUCGCUUUGUAGUCGUUUUCCUUCAUUUUUAAAUACUUCUAUCAGUCUUCCCUCACUGACACGGAGGAUUCACGGUCGCCACCCGAACUCCAAAACAAAGACGAGGACAAGGCGAUCGAUGACAAGAACUUGAAGCCGUCAUUGUCCAAGAAAUCUCGCGGUGUGGCACAUGUUGAACAUCAUUGCUCUGUUUUCUUUUCACCUUCAUUUACUUGAAUCCUUAAUGUUAUUUUUUUAAUGUCGUCGGCCCCAAAAUCCUCAAUCGGUUUUCUCCAUGAGCGAGGGGCUAAAAAGCUCAUCCGGUAUAUAAAAGAAAAACAAUAUGACGUACUUUUUAAAAGAUCAAACACCAUGUCUGUUCAUUUUCUCUAGUUUUAUUUUGUUUUUGCUAUUUUUUUUAAUCAGCGUGGUGAUUAGUAGAGUGUAGCAUUCAAUCGUUUGCUUCUAUCGUCUGUUUGUCUGCAGUAUGAGUGUCACAGUGUCAUUGGCCAUCAUCUUUACCUGCUACAAUGUGUUAAUGUUUUAUUUUUUGUGAAUGUGGCUCAAACCCACUCGCUCCUUAAUGAUCCUCAUCUUCAGUGUUGCGGUUAUGCCAAAGCCCUUGUGAUCAUGCUCUGAAUCAACUAUUAAAUUCACAGUUCUUAAAUCAGAUACAGAAUUGAGAAAAACCUGAAAUCUGUCCUGGACUUCGUGACUUCAGGAUAAAAUGAGUAUUAAAUCACUUUAGGUGGAUAUUCGUUGCAAUGUACAGUGAAUACCAUUUCAAAAUGCUGAGGGUAUUCUGUGACAGCCCUGCUGCCUGUUCAAGUGUUUCCACAUCAACCUCAUGUCUUCUUUUUACAUUUUUAUCAGCAAAGUUGUGAUGAAUAAAAUUUGAUAAACCUCAUAAA